GUUUCCCGAAGGGAGAUGAGCGUGACAGCGGCGAGGAAGCCCCAUCGCUGCCGCAUCAGCUAUCCCGUAGCCCAGGCGGAUCUACUGCAUCAGAAGGCACAGGCGAUGGCAGAGUUCUCUCACCUCUCCAGGUAAGCUAGUGCGUCGCGAGGUCGCAGCAGGAAACCUCGAGUCUGCACCAGACAUUCAUGGCCUCUUGCACUGUCACAUAACGGUUGGUCGGCUGUAUGUGUGUGUGCAGAGAAGGUUUGUUGGAGCGUUAUGACCACCGCUGCAUGGCCAAGCGUACGCUGCGGUUCUGCCGGACUUUGGACUGGUGCCUCAGCCACCAGAGGAAGCUGGCCGCACAGACGGGGGAGAUACAGACACUCAGCAUCAACCUCGGCACCUGUGGGAAGGAGGAAGGUACCUGCGGAUGUGAUGUGUGUGCGUAUAACGAACGGCUGCAGGCCGCUCCCUCUUUGUGUGGUGUUCAGAUGAUGUGUCGGGUGGUGAUUGGCUGACUGUGAUGCCUGGUCGGUCGACCGGCAGCCCCUCGACGUAUGCGCCGCUCUCGUCCCUUCCAUCAGACCCGUCGCGCCAGGAUAUCGACGGGACACUAAUGAAUAGGGAGAGGGAGAGGGAGAGCUCAUUCAUCCCCUCCAGCCCACCCACCGGACCAACCAAACCAGAGGUGACCACACAAGCGGGACAAGUCAUCCGCUUGCGAUGCUGCCGCUCGGUCUCAUAUCAUCUCUGUCUGCAGGAGUCUCCCGAGACGCCUCAUUUCGCCAUAUGCUCUGCUCCCGUAUCCCCCACUGACUCGCCGCAGCCGCAGGCCAGCCCGCCGUCCCCGUUCUCCUCGCCCAUUCCCACAUCUUUGUCAUCGUCGCGGCUGCUGCACCCGAACGCAUCGCCGCCGACGGUGCACCAGUUGCGGAUGACCACGCCGGUAGCCAUGGCGAGGAGGGUGGCGUUGUGUCCCGUGAGGAGGCGGGAGGAGUUGGGGGGAGGGGCGAGGUCGUCGUCGGUGCCUCCUGGGUGUGAAUGAGGGCGGGAUGGCCGAGUAGUACGGUGGAUGGUGGUGAAUGGUCUCCAUGGAUGGGAUGGGUGGGAGGUGUGUGUGUGUGUGUAUAGAUGGAUGGACAGUGUAUUGAUUGCAUGACUGAUCCAACACAUACAUAUAUACAUACAUACAUGGAUGGAUGGACCUGGAGGCAAGUCUCCGCUCCGUUUCGCAAGCCGG